CCCACAGGCGCCUAUUUUCCAACAGUUUAAACCACAUUUCCCCACUUCUCUUGUCUCUUUCUCUGUUUUCUCAUGAAUUCUCUUUGCAGAAGCUUCAGAUUUUCAUAGCUUGUAUCAAUUACAACCUUUCAUUUAUUGCAGAAAGCUCCAGUUUUGGUAGUUUCAUUUCCAUUCCAAGAAUCUGAUCCCAACAAAACAAUGCUACCAACAAGCCUUCUUGUUUUCUUGCUUCUCUUCACCAUUCCCUUCACCUUCUUGGCUGAAAACACCACCUUUGAUUUCCCAUUCUUCACUGUCAGGAACCUCACUCUUCUUGGUGAUUCCCAUCUUAAAACUGGCGUUAUAGGCCUCACCAGGGAGCUUGGUGUUCCUUGUUCAAGCUCAGGCAGCUUUAUCUAUGGCAAACCAAUUCGUUUUUUUGACCAAGAAUCCAAUAUCACAGCUUCUUUUUCCACAACUUUCUCUUUUGCCAUCAACAAUGUCAAUCCACGCUCUUUUGGUGAUGGCUUAACAUUUUUUCUUUCACCUGAUAACCAAACUCUUGGGAGUCCAGGUGGGUAUCUUGGUCUCGUUAACUCGUCAGCAUUGACCAAGAACAAGUUUUUAGCCAUUGAAUUUGAUACCAAGCUUGAUACUCAAUUCAAUGACCCGAAUGAAAACCAUGUUGGUUUAGAUAUUAACGAGCUCAAUUCAAUCAAGACAGCUGAUGCAUUGUUGCAAGAUAUUGAUUUAAAGAGUGGGAAUUUGAUCACUGCUUGGAUUGAUUACAAGAAUGAUUUGAGGGUCUUGAAUGUUUUCUUGAGCUAUUCAACUUUAAAGCCUCCAACGCCAUUAUUGUCUGUGGAUAUUGACUUUUCUGCUUAUCUUAAAGAGGAUAUGUUUGUUGGCUUUUCAGCUUCAACAGAAGGAAGCACUGAAGUUCAUUUGAUUGAGAAUUGGAGUUUCAAGACCUUUGGUUUCCUUCCUGUGAGACCAAGAUCACAUCCUCAUAAUGUGUCUGAUAGUUCAGUUACAAUAAUAUCAGAUGUUCCAGUGUCAAAUUCUACUAAUAAACACCACAAGAGGCUUGGUUUAGGGCUUGGGAUUGCCGGUCCAGCUUUCUUUUUUGUGGUUCUUGUUGUUUUUGGUUAUGUUUCUGUGAAGAAAUGGAUGGAUAUGAGAACAGAAAAGUGUCUCAAAUCAGAGAUUUUGACAGGGCCAAGGGAGUUUAGUUACAAACAGCUAUGUGCAGCCACAAGAGGGUUUCACUCAAGUAGAAUCAUCGGACGUGGUGCAUUUGGAAAUGUUUACAAGGCUAUUUUCGUUUCUUCAGGGACUGUUGGUGCAGUGAAAAGAUCAAAACAAUCCCAUGAAGGUAAAACUGAAUUUCUUGCUGAAUUGUCCAUUAUAGCUUGUUUGAGGCACAAAAAUCUUGUUCAGCUACAAGGUUGGUGUGCUGAGAAGGGUGAAUUGCUACUUGUUUAUGACUUUAUGCCUAAUGGAAGCCUUGAUAAGGUGCUUCAUCCAGAACCUGAGACUGGCAUAUUGCUGACAUGGUCCCAUAGGCUCAACAUUGCUAUUGGAUUGGCCUGUGUCUUAUCAUACCUGCACCAAGAAUGUGAGCAGCAAGUCAUUCACAGAGACAUAAAGACAAGUAAUAUAAUGCUUGAUGGGAACUUUAAUCCAAGACUUGGUGAUUUUGGAUUGGCAAGGCUGAUGGAUCAUGACAAGAGUCCAGUUUCAACACUUACUGCUGGAACCAUGGGCUACCUUGCUCCUGAGUAUCUUCAGUAUGGGAAAGCAACAGAGAAAACUGAUGUUUUCAGCUAUGGUGUUGUUAUUCUUGAAGUGGCGUGUGGUAGGAGGCCAAUUGAGAGGGAACAAAACAGCCAGAAAAUGGUUAAUUUGGUUGACUGGGUAUGGGGAUUGCAUGGUCAGGGAAGGAUCACUGAAGCUGCUGACAAAAGGUUGAAUGGGGAUUUCAUAGAGGAAGAAAUGAGGAAGCUGCUGCUUGUAGGUUUGAGUUGUGCACACCCUGAUAGUGCUGAGAGGCCUUCAAUCAGAAGAGUUCUUCAGAUCCUUAAUAAUGAGGCAGAGCCAAUAGCUGUGCCAAAGAUGAAACCCUGUCUCACUUUCUCUUGUAGCUUAACUGUUGAGGACAUUGUUUCCGAUGAUUAACAACACAAAACAACUGCUUGAGUUAGAUUUCAUUUUCUCAGAUACAAAAUUCAUUGAUUGUUUGAUUCUUUCAUUGUGUUUUAGAGCAUUAUUACAGUGUUAAUUCGUUUAAGUUUGCCAAGUUCACUAGUCUGAGUUCAAAAGUACUGUAUUGAACUAUGUGGUCUCUUUC